GACAAGAAAUUCACUCGUCAAAUUGUCAACGUCAAAAAUGACGUCAAAGUUUUCAGAAGACGAGAAGUUUUAGAGAUUUUGUAGUUAUUUUUAAUUAAAAUACAUACCAAUCAAAAAAAUGUUUUGUUGUUUAAAGAGUUGUAUGAAUGGGUUCACACUUACACCUAGCGUACCGGUUAGAAUCAAAGAAAAUCCAGUACAAUUAGAUACUUUACAUAUGGGAAAUGAAAUGGUGAUAAUAAAAGGCGGUCAGAGGGUUUGUGGGUCGGGCUGUGCUCUUGGCAACACCCCUCUGUUACAGAAUAAAGCUUAUUUCGAAGUAAAGCUUCAGCAGGGAGGUGUAUGGGCUGUGGGCCUUGUUACUAGGGAAACAGAUCUUAAUAGAGUUCAUGGCGGCAUGGACAAAGAUUCGUGGUGCUUAAACAGCGACGGUACAGUGAGAAGCGACAACGUUGAGUUAUACCACUUAGCUCCGGCGCCAAGAGAAUCUCCUACCGACGAACUUCUAGUCUCUACUGAAUCUCCCACUCAUACAGAAAACGAAAAGAUAGAGAAUGAGAAGAAGGAUGUUAGUGCGGCAGCGGUAAUGCCGCUGGAGGGCGACACGAUUGGUGUCGCUUACGACCACGUCGAAUUAAAUUUCUUCUUGAACGGCAAGAAUAUGGAGAUACCUGUAAGGAAUAUCAAAGGAACGGUAUAUCCAGCUUUGUACGUUGAUGACGGCGCGAUAUUGGACAUUAUCUUGGACAAUUUCCUGUAUCCGCCACCGUCGGGCUUCGAAAAGAUAAUGGUCGAGCAGUCGCUACUCUAACAGAGUGACGAUAAUGGGCAACGCUGUGCUUAACUUUCGUAUUGACUGUCUAGUGUGUUAAAAUAUUUAUUGAAUUCCUUCGAUGCGGACUGCGUACUGAUUUCAUCUUCGUACCUGGUUGAAGUUAUUAAGCUAUCGACUGUCAUGUCUAUGUCAUGCACGGCCACCGUCAGAGCUUAACUAUGAAAGCUUCUGACGCAAGACUACGCGGGAGCAGUGUCUAUAUAAAUUCCUAACAAUAUGAGUUUUCAAAUGAACAAAAUGGUUUUUCUAAUUUUUCUCUUUGCUCUGUAGAGAAAGCAAAGAUAGCAAAUACGUAUCAUAGUAUAUUGGCAUGGUACCUAAUUAUGGCAAGAUCAGUGAAACAAAGUUUCUCUCACUCUCACAUCUAAACUCACCAAUUUGUAUGGCAACUUGACAACAUACAACUUGACAACUUGCCUCAGUAAAGGAGUCUGCAGCAAGAUUGUGUGACCUUUAUAGAUACAGCGUCCUGAAGUUAGGUGCCAUUGGAUCGAAUGCAGAGUGUGCGUAAAGAAAUAGCACGAUCCCAUUGCCAUCGGUUAUAAAAUCGUGCCGUCCGUAUGUACUAUUAGAUUGUAUGAAAAUCUCUACAAAAAACUAGUUGAGGUAACAAUAAUUUUGUUUUCAUAAACAAUUUGAUAUUUUCCCUGAAUUUUUUUUUAAAUAGUCCUAUUUAGAUUUAAUUGAAAAAGUGGAUCAUGUACGAAUUUAACACUAGCGCAUAAUAGCGUCUUCCUCAGAUAUUAAAAAAACGAAUUACAAUUACUCUAUUUUGGCAGAGAUUAUCAAUAGACGCGUUUUAUAAAAUUUAAUAAAUAUUUAGCAAGCAGAAUAGGUAGGUAUAUCGAAUACUAGUGUGUAUCGCAGCUCUAUUCGUUGUAUUGAAAUAAAUAAUUAUCUAUGAUCGUACAUUAAAAUGAAUUCAGGUCUUAGUUAUUGUCCCCGUGCGAUGCAAAAAAACGGGGUUUUAUUUUACAUAUUCUAACUCCAGUUAUCGUCGAAAUGAGAUAUUUGUUUUGAUAAGUCUUAAGAUUUUGAAUAGAUAAAGUUUCAUUAAAAAGCGAACUCAUAGGUAUUUUGUUUGUCUACGCCAUAUUUUAGUCUUAAAUAUCAUAAAUAAUCUGAAACAUUUUUAUAUGUAAUAACCAAUGCUGUUAACACAUUUUUUUCGACGAUUUUAUGGCGUGGUAAUGAUACCUAUAAGUCAGCUGUUAUCACAAAAAUUUGACCAUAGAGUAAAAAAAUUUGUGUGCAAAGAUCAUUUUUAUUUAACCUGCUCUAUUAAACACAUAUAUUUGUAGUGUGAACUAUCAAUGUACAGUACCGUUUGUAUAUCGUUUAGUACCGUUUCUAUAAAGGGUGUAGAAGCCGCUUCUUUCCUUCUGUGUACAUUACUGAUAGAUUAUCUAUAAAUGUAGAAAUUUAAAACACUGUUUUCGAGUAGCAUUUUGUUCUGCAAUAAUACGUUCUGAUUUAUUUCCGUUUUCGUGUAUCGUUAUUUACAUUAUGUGCUGUAAGAUUUUUAGCACGCCUCUAUUCCUAUUCGAUGUAGAUAAAGGGACCUUUCAAUGUAAUCUUCGCCAAAUUAAAGGUUUUCGAUUGAUUGAAAAAUUUGAACUCGUAUCAAGAAUCGAUGACAAUACUUUGGCCUAAUAUUUUGACCAAGAUCAUCGUGAUAAAUGUGGAUAUUGAUAUUGAAUAUUGUUGAAUUUUGAGGCUUGAACUUCAAAUCUCCUGCCAAAGAGAUUGACAACGCGCGCCAAUACCGUGAAUUUUUUUCUAAUUUUUUUCCUACCUGUGCUGAUAGCCUUGAGAGGCUAUAUCAGCGUUACCGAACGAGUAGGUGAGCUCACGGGGCUCAAACCUGGCGACGUUGCUAACACUGACCCUAGCAAGAGCAGUGCUCCGCAGAAUCUACCACCGCAUCGGAAGCGCGACCCACUGAGAAGAUCCGGCGGGAAACUCAGUGGGUUGUGUCUGUGGGCUAGUUCACUCCCCAAGCCCUUCGUCGCAAGCGACAGGUUCGACGUGAACGAUGAUCGGUGCUUGAGGUACCUAAAAGCACCGUUAGUGGAUCAGGAGGAUCAGAAAUGACGUGUUUUGGGCGACGUCGACUGUUUACCAUUCGGUCUGCAGAAUCGGGAAUGUAGUUACCGGCGGCUACGAUGAGAGGGCUCCCGUAUCGUGCCGCUUUCGCGAAAUGGCGCACUGAUGACGACUGCAUAUAAUUAUUGAUGGACUCUAGGUUCAGGUCCUCGUGUAGGCCGAUGUUCUUGCCAAAUCACGGGGCUCCGACUGCUAUCCUGCAAAAACAGGAUUGAAUGAUUUGAAAGAGUUUCAAGUUAGUGCGGGCCGCGUGAGCGAAUACUACACUUGCAUAGGUCAUGACCGGACGUAUGCGAGUUUUGUAGAAUGUCACCUUAUUUCGAAGGGACAAUUUCACUUGCAAAUCAUCGGAUAGAGGCGUUCUAAUAUGAAGGCGGCACGGUCGCAUACCGUUUUAAUGUGGGGUCGAAAUGUCAUCCCUCUCUUAAGGGUGACGACUAGAUAUUUGACCUUCGAGGCUUAUGGGCUAGCCAAAGAGAGUGAUGAGGCUAAUGGCGGAGGUGUUAACGCGCCCUUUUGAAGAGCACGGCUGUGCUUUUCGUGUGUCACUAGCGCUACGUGUCAUCGCAAUAAUAAUAUGUACAACGUUCUAAAAUAACCAUCAGCGAUGGGCAUUAAUGUACAUAGUUUUUCUUUAAAAACUUUUAAAAUCUUAGUACUAUUAAUUUAAUUCAUAAUACCAUGAAAGUGUUUUUUUAAGAGUUUUAUUUAUGAGUUGGAAAGUACAAAUCGCCUCACAAUGAUUCGUCGCAACGUCAAUCUUUCAAACCUCGAAUUCGAAACAAUGAGAUUGAAAUUGUUCUACAAUCGAAUAAAUAUGCAUCCUUAUUUUUAUCGACAGCAAGGACGAAAUUAUUUUGUACUGAUAGAAAACUAAUGGGAGUUGUAAUUUUCAUUUGUUCAUUUACAGAUUAUUUUUACUAUUAUGUAUUAUUAUAUUAUAUAUCCUACCUAAUCGCUGGUAGCAUAUGGAGUUAUUCCAGCUACGGUUGAACAGGUAGGUGAGCUGACGGGCUCAACUUGAGAGAAUUUCUAACACUAAUUCUACAAAGAGCUGUGCUUCAUUGAAUUCACCACCGGAUCGGAAUCGCACAGAUUAUCAUUGGUAUGCAUUUCAUUCGGCUUUUAAAUGUUAAAACUUUACUGGUGGUAGGACCUCUUGUGAAGGUACCACCACCACCCUGCCUAUUUCUGCCGUGAAGCAGUAACGCGUUUCGGUUUGAAGGGCGGGGCACCCGUUGUAACUAUACUGCGACCUUAGAACUUAUAUCACAAGGUACUUAGGUGGCGCAUUUACGUUGUAGAUGUCUAUGGGCUCCAGUAACCACUUAACACCAGGUGGGCUGUGAGCUCGUCCACCUUCCAUCUAUCGUCACCGUCGUUCAUCUAAGCAAUAAAAAAAAAGAAGAGAUCUGGCAUGACGAGCAGGAAUUUUGCAUGACAAUAAGUUUAUUUAACAAAAAACAACAAUGUUAUAAUAACAUAAUUUUAUUUAAACUUUCACUUUAAGACUUGCGUGACCCGAAUAUCUUCGUGAAACAGAACCCACUUGCCCCGAAAAGUUUCAAUUUAAAUUUUAUGCCCAUUUAGAUUUUAAAUAUUUAUUUCAAAUACCGCUUUGUUCGAAAUCAAUUUUUGUGUUUUUAUGAGACGUUAUCACGAUCUCUAUCGUCAUCACUUAAUAAGUUUAUCGGUUGUAGGUAAUUGUAUUUGUGUGCUAAUUGCUGCUGUUUAAUGUGUGACAUAAUCAUUCCUUAAUCGGUGUAAGUAAUUAUAAUUAACAUAAAAUAAUGAUCUCUUAACUAUGUAUAACGAUAAUAAAGUUGAUGUACCUAAAUUUAAAUUUAGUAUGUAAUAAAUAUAAUCACAGACUAAUGGAGAUCCUAAACUUGACAACAAAAAAGACAAUUUAUAAGGCAAGAAGCGUUUCCAUAUAAAUAACUGAAAGUCUUUAGGUAUCUUGUAAAUCGAAUGUAUUAUUAAAAUAUAAGCGCUUGUGUAAAUGUCAUAAUGUUAUUUAUGAAAUAAAUGUUUUGACAAUGUU